AGGGCGGGCGCUCGGAGCGUCUGGCCGGCGCGAAGAUGGCGGUUUCGGCAGCAGGGCCCGGGUCGGUGGAGGCGCCCAGUUCACUGCUGCUCGUGGUGGGCGGCGAGUGCGGGUGCCCCGGGCUGCUAGCCUAUGUGCUGGAGGAGCUUGAACGAGGCAUCCGGUCGUGGGACAUUGACCCUGGCGUCUGCAGCCUCGAUGAGCAGCUCAAGGUCUUCGUGUCACGGCACUCGGCCACCUUUUCCAGCAUUGUGAAAGGCCAGCGGAGCCUGCACCACCGUGGAGACACCCUGGAGACGCUGGUCCUCCUGAAUCCAUCAGACAAGUCCCUGUGUGACGAGCUCCGGAACCUUCUCCUGGACCCUGCCUCUCACAAGCUGCUGGUGCUGGCUGGGCCCUGCCUGGAGGAGACGGGGGAGCUGCUGCUCCAGACAGGGGGCUUCUCACCCCGCCACUUCCUCCAGGUCCUGGGGGACAAAGAGAUCCGGGAUCUCCUGGCCUCCACACCCCCGCCUGCAGACCCACCCAAGCUCACCAUCACCUGCCCGACCUUUGGUGACUGGGCCCAGCUGGCACCCGAAGUGCCCGGCCUCCAGGGCGUGCUCCAGCUGCGGUUGAACCCUCCAGUGCAGCUGCCGGCUUCUGAGGGCCUGCGUGAGUUCCUGGAGUACGUGGCCGAGUCGCUGGAGCCGCCGUCCCCCUUUGAGCUGCUCGAGCCUCCGGCCUCCGUGGGCUUCCUCAGGCUCGCCCGGCCCUGCUGCUACAUCUUCCCUGGUGGCCUGGGGGAUGCUGCCUUCUUCGCCGUCAAUGGCUUCACCGUGCUGGUCAAUGGUGGUUCCAACCCCAAGUCAAGCUUCUGGAAGCUGGUGCGGCACCUGGACCGGGUGGACGCCGUGCUGGUGACCCACGCGGGCGCUGACAGCCUCCCCGGCCUCAACAGUCUGCUGCGGCGCAAGCUGGCGGAGCGUGAUGAGGCAGCCGCUGGCGGGGGCUCUGGGGAUGACCGGCUGCGCAGGCUGAUCUCCCCCAACCUGGGCAUCGUGUUCCUCAAUGCCCGUGCAGCCGCCUCGCGGCUGGUACGCGGGGAGGAUGAGGCGGAGCUGGCCCUAAGCCUCCUGGCCCGGCUGGGCAUCACCCCCCUGCCUCUGAACCGUGGGCCGCUGCCGGCCGAGCCCACCGUGCUCUUCCAGAAGAUGGGCGUGGGCCGGCUGGACAUGUACGUGCUGCACCCGCCCUCGGCCGCCACUGACCACACGCUGGCCUCUGUGUGUGCCCUGCUGGUGUGGCACCCCGCGGGCCCCUCCGAGAAGGUGGUGCGCGUGCUGUUCCCUGGCUGCACGCCACCCGCCCGCCUCCUGGAUGGCCUGGUCCGCCUGCAGCACUUGGGGUUCUUGCGGGAGCCUGUGGUGACCCCUCAGGACCUGGUGGGGCCUCGGCGAGCUGAGAGCAAGGAAAGCGUGGGCUCCCGGGACAGUUUGAGGAGAGAGGGCCGGACGACGGCACCCUCCAGGCCCGCCCAGGAGCGCCCCGGGGUGGCCCAGAAGGAGCCACCGCGGGCUGAGGCCCCUCGCAAGGCUGAGAAAGAAGCCAGGCCCUCCCGGGAGGUGAAGAAGGACCCCAAGCCGAGCGCCCCUCGGACCCAACCCCGGGAGGUACGGCGGGUGGCCUCCGCUGUGGUCAGUGGCAAGAAAGCAGGUGCCCAGGUGGCUCCCAAGCCCCGCAGAGCACCCAACACACCCCGCCCGGGUGUCCCACCAGCAGAGAAUGGGCCCCGCAGCCCACCUAGCUUCCGGUGCAGAGAGGCCAGCCCCGCCACGGAGGCCUGCGGCUCCCCAGCCCCCCGGCUGGUGGCCACGCCCAGCCAGGAGAGCAGCCUGGAAUUGGGGCUGAGCCCAGCUGGGGAGGAGGGCGGCAGCUUGGAGGAGAAGACCCUGGAGCUGCUGUUGGCCACCAGCACCCCAGAGCCGUGCACACCCUCACCCGCCGGAGCCCCCCAGGGCCCAACUGAGAGCAGCGGGCCACUGUCACUGAGCCCACUGCGGGGUGGGGAGCCUGGGCCGGAUGCAUCCCCCACGGUGACCACCCCCUCGCUGCCUGCCGAGGUGGGCUCCCCGCACUCCACAGAGGUGGACGAGUCCCUGUCGGUGUCCUUUGAGCAGGUGCUCCCACCACCAGCUGCCGCUGCAAGUGAAGCCGGGUUGAGCCUCCCACUCUGUGGCCCUCGGGUGCUCCGCUCGGCCUCCCCACACGACGUGGACCUGUGCCUGGUAUCACCCUGUGAGUUUGAGCACCGCAAGGCUGUGCCCAUGGCGCCGGCACCUGUGUCCCCCGGCAGUUCCAAUGACAGUAGUGCCCGGUCCCAGGAGCGGGCGGGUGCUCCAGGGGUGGAGGAGACACCACCCACGUCCGUCAGCGAGUCCCUGCCUACCCUGUCUGACUCGGACCCCCUGCCUGCCGCCCCUGGCACCGCAGAUUCAGAUGAGGACACAGAGGGCUUUGGGGCCCCUCGCCGCGACCCACUGCCUGACCCGCUCAAGAUACCCCCGCCACUGCCCACCCCACCUAGUAUCUGCAUGGUGGACCCUGAGAUGCUGCCUCCUGAGCAGGCGCGGCUGAGAGAGGGCCUCGGCCAUACCCGGAAGCCCCUUACCCGCCCCAGCCGUGGCACCACUGCCCCCAAAGCCACUCCAGUGACUGCUGCCAAGACCAAGGGGCUGGCCAGUGGGGACCGGGCCAGUCGGCCACUCAGCGCCCGGAGCGAGCCUAGUGACAAAGGAAGUCGGGCACCCCUGGCCAGAAAGCCCUCAGUCCCCAAGACAACCACUCGAGGUCCAUCCGGGUCAGCUGGCAGUCGGCCAGGAGGGUCACUGGCCCCGCCGAGCUCCCCCGUCUACCUCGACCUGGCCUACUUGCCCAGCGGGGGCAGUGCCCGCCUGGUGGACAAGGAGUUCUUCCGGAGGGUGCGUGCGCUCUGCUACGUCAUCAGUGGCCAGGACCAGCACAAGGAAGAGGGCAUGCGGGCUGUCCUGGAUGCGCUUCUGGCUGGCAAGCAGCAGUGGGACCGUGACCUCCAGGUGACCCUGAUCCCCACCUUCGAUUCGGUGGCGAUGCAUGAGUGGUAUGAGGAGACGCACGCCCGGCACCAGGCGCUGGGCAUCACGGUGCUGGGCAGUAACAGCACUGUGUCCAUGCAGGACGAGGCCUUCCCCGCCUGCAAGGUGGAGUUCUAGCCCCGCCCCCAGCACCACCCCCCGCCCCAAGUCCGCCGCCGUCCUGAGGUGCACCUGUGUCAGAAAUAAAACAGGUACUCCGCGCGGCUGUGGCCUCAGUUCCUUCUGCCGGCAGGAGACUUGGCAGCACUCCGCGCGGUCAUUGCUGCCAUGUGGGUCCCCAGUUCUGGGGGGAGACAGCUUCUGUGGAGUUCCCAGUAGCCUCCAGGUCAGGCAUGCUCUGGCUUCCGUGUCACAGAUGGGAAAACCCAGGCCCAAGGGCGACAGUGCCUCUCAGGUGAUGACCCCUGGCCAGUGGAGCUCGCUGCUGACCAUGGCCCUCCAGCCCAUCCCAGCGGCCGUGAGGGCCCUGUUCUAUAGACGGGAAAGGCAGCUGCCAGACCCCGGCCACACAAACCAUUUAGUGGCCUAGCAGAGAUCUGAACCCCAGUCUCUGUGCUCCAAAGCCCUUAAAUAAAAGUUGCCCUCUGUUCCUAGGGAUAAUUGGCACUCAUGGCAGGAAAGUCUCACUCUACAGCAAGGUCUUAAAAGGAAAUCUGAGGGAAUUCUCUGGUGGUCCGGUGGUUAGGACUCAGUGCUGUCACCGAUGUAGCCUGGGUUCAAUCCCUGGUCAGGAAACUAAGAUCCCACAAGCCACUUGGCUUGGCCAAAAAAAAAAAAAAAAAAAGCAAUCUGAAACUUAAAAGCUACAAAACAUCAAUCUCCUGAUGAAGCCCCUCCCUGAUCUCUCUAUUCUGCACAUACAGAAACACCUAGAUAGUGUUUUCAAUAAGAUGCCAUCUGCACUGGGUUGAAUGGUGACCUUAAAAAACUUAUGACCAAGUCCUAACCCCUCAAUACCUACCCCCCUUUUCCCAUGAGGAGAGACUUCUUAGUCCAGGUCUCAAGAUAGGUUACUGUUUAUACAUGAGGUCGUAUCACCCUGAUUUUUCAUCUUGGCCAAACUGUUGAGUACAUACAGGUGCUGCCUCCUUGUUCUCAUUUCAUUUCUUUCCAGGGAGAUUUUCUUAUAUUUAUUUUUAAUUAGCUGGUUCACUUUUUUUUUAUUAGACAUUUGUCUUUUUCUCAUUCAUAUAUCAUAAUUCCUUUUUUUUUUAAUAGGGACAACAAACUUGUUAAAAAUUUUAAUUGUAAACAAAAACACGUAACAUAGGGACUUCCCUGGUGGUCCAGGUGGUAAAGAAUCUGCCUUACAAUGCAGGGGACGCAGGUUCAAUCCCUUUUCAAGGAACUAAGAUUCCACAUGCCGUGGGGCAACUAAGCCUGUGCGCCACAACUACUGAGCUCACACGCCUCAACUAGAAAGCCUGGUACCACAAACUACAGAGCCCAUGCGCUCUGGAGCCCACGCAUCACAACUAAAGAAGAGAAAACCUGCUGCCACAACUGGAGAGAAGCCCGUGCACCGCAACAAAAGAUCCCGCGUGCCACAACUAAGACCUGAUGCGGCCAAAAAUAAAUUAAAUAAAUAAAUAAUAAAUCUUUUUUUUAAAUCCUCAAGAAAAUAAUAAUAAAAAAAACACGCAUAACAUAAAAUCUACCAUCUUAACAAUUAAUAAACUUUUGCAUUGUACAUUUUUUUCCAAAUUUACCUUUCAGUUUUGUUUAUGAGUAGUUUUGCUGUAAACAUUUUAUUUUUAUGAUUUUCAAACCACAGUUCUUUAAAUGUCUCUCUUUUGUGCUUUUAGAGGCCCUUCCACAGUUGGCACAAAUUCUCCCAGGGUUUUUUAUUUCUGUUUAUUUUUACCCACCUAGGACUUAAUUUGGGGAUGAAGAGAGAGGUAAGGAUUGCCCCAACCUGGGCAAUUCGAUUGUUCAAUGCUAUGUACAGAUUUGAAACACUCCUUCCUCCCUGAAAAACAUCCCAUGUGUGUCGUUGUUUGUUUCUAAUUCUGUUCUAAUCCAUCGCCAACUUUUCUGGCCAUCUCCUUGUUUUCGUUGGUAUAGCUUUGUGUGCCUUAAUAGCUCACCAGGCAGGUUCUUUCUCCUUAAUUUUACUUUUUUCCUUCACAAAAAAUUGUUUUUAUAUUCUGAUUCUUCUUAGAGUUCUAGAAUCUCCACGGAGGGGGCCCAAACACAUGCGUAAGAAGCGCUGUCAACUUCUGCUUCUGACCAGAUAUUGGGCUAGAGUCCCAAUAAAAACAUCUAAAAUUGCUGGGUAAAAAUAAGUUAAGUCUUGAUUAACAUAAUGUAAGAGUUAAGUCUUAAUUUCUGGUUGCUCAGUGAGCAACCAGAAAAUAAGUAACAGUCAGAGGCCAGACCAGUGCAGACAGAAACCCCAGGAGGGAAGCGGCUUUUGUGUUAGACAAGGCAGGUUUGGUCUUCCGUUUUCAUGGACCUUCAAGAUGGUGUGUCUGAUAAGUAAAGACCUCAAAGCAUGAAGUAGAAAUCAAAAUAAGAUCUUCCCAAGAAUGGAAAGCAAACUUGGGCAGAUGACAUGGUUUAAAGUAGUCCAGGAUGAGUGGGUGUGAAGAAAAGGGAACCCUCUUGCACUGUUGGUGGGAAUAUAAAUUGAUACAGCCACUGUGGAGAACAGUAUGGAGGUUCCUUAAAAAACUAAAAAUAGAACUACCAUACGACCCAGCAAAUCCACUACUGGGUGUAUACCCUGAGGAAACCAUAAUUCAAAAAGAGACAUGAAAUGCUGAUGAAACUGCAGAACACUGUCAGGUGAAAUGUGUAAUGAUUAUGGCCAGUGCUUCUUUUUAAAACAUUUUAUUUAUUUGGCUGUGCCAGACCUUAGUUGCGGCACACAGGAUCUUUAGUUGCGGCAUGUGGGACCUAGUUCCCUGACUAGGGAUUGAACCUGGGCCCCCUGCAUUGGAGCAUGGAGUCUUAGCCACUGGACCACCAGGGAAGUCCCUAGGCCAGUGCUUCUUAAACUGAGAGCCACACAACACAUUCUUCAGCAUUUUUGAGUUCUGUAGGAGAAUUUUUAGUUUUUAAUUAGAUGCUAAUUUAAAAGUUAAUACUAGCAUAUUUCAAAUUAUCUGAUACACUUAUUGUCUGUUGAGGAGACAGGCUGAAAAACUGCACUGACAAACAGAUCAGAGGAGGGCUCCGUAUUUAUGAUUGCAUUUGUGCUGAGGGAUCUCCCAAAGAGUUUAGUUUUAAAUGUGUUGGUAAGAAUGUCCAGCCCUACUACACAUCUUGACGGCAAGAAGGUAACACUUAUCCCACAACUACUAUUACACAACUCUUACUAGUUUCAAAUACAGGAAAAAAAUUUCACUCUUCUUUUUUACAGUGAUAAUUUGCAACUGAAAACCAUUUUCAUAGAAUAAAAUGUUGAUUUCUUAUUUAGUGACUGUGAUACUAUCAUUUGACAAUGGUACAUAAAAGACCCGUACUCAGAAAACUAUAAGAUACUGAUGAAAGAAAUCACAGAUGACACAAACAGAUGGAAAGAUAUACCACGUUCUUGGAUUGGAAGAAUCAAUAUUGUGAAAAUGACUAUACUACCCAAAGCAAUCUACAGAUUCAAUGCAAUCCCUAUCAAAUUACCAAUGGCAUUUUUUUACAGAACUAGAACAAAAGAUCUUAAAAUUUGUAUGGAGACACUAAGGACCCCGAGUAGCCAAAGCAGUCUUGAGGGGAAAAAACAGAGCUGGAGAAAUCAGACUCCCCGACUUCAGACUAUACUACAAAGUUACAGUCAUCAAGACAAUAUGGUACUGGCACAAAAACAGAAAUAUAGAUCAAUGGAACAGGGUAGAAAGCCCAGAGAUAAACCCAUGCACCUAUGGUCAACUAAUCUAUGACAAAGGAGGCAAGGAUAUACAAUGGAGAAAAGACAGUCUCUUCAAUAAGUGGUGCUGAGAAAACUGGACAGCUACAUGUAAAAGAAUGAAAUUAGAACACUCCCUAACACCAUACACAAAAAUAAACUCAAAAUGGAUUAAAGACCUAAGUGUAAGACCAGACACUAUAAAACUCUUAGAGGAAAACAUAGGAAGAACACUGACAUAAAUCACAGCAAGAUCCUUUUUCACCCACCUCCUGGAGUAAUGGAAAUAAAACCAAAGAUAAACAAAUGGGACCUAAUGAAACCAAAAAUGUUUGCACAGCAAAGGAGACUAUAAACAAAAUGGAAAGACAACCCUCAGAAUGGGAGAAAAUAUUUGCAAAUGAAUCAACGGACAAAGGAUUAAUCUCCAAAAUAUAUAAACAGCUCAUGCAGCUCAAUAUUAAAAAAACAAACACAAUCAAAAAAAGGGGAGAAGACCUAAAUAGACAUUUCUCCAAAGAAGACAUACAGAUGGCCAAGAGGCACAUGAAAAGCUGCUCAACAUCACUAAUUAUUAGAGAAAUGAAAUCAAAGCUAAAUGAGGUAUCAUCUCACACAGGUUAGAAUGGGCAUCAUCAGAAAAUCUACAAACAACAAAUGCUGGAGAGAGUGUGGAGAAAAGGGAACCCUCUUGCACUGUUGGUGGGAAUGUAAGUUGAUACAGCCACUAUGGAGAACAGUAUGGAGUUUCCUUAAGACACUAAAAAUAGAGCUACCAUGUGACCCAGCAAUCCCACUCCUGGUCAUAUACCCAGAGAAAACCAUAAUUCAGAAAGAUACAUGCACCCCAAUGUUCAUUGCAGCACUAUUUACAAUAGCCAGGACAUGGAAGCCACCUAAUGCCCAUCGACAGCUGAAUGGAUAAACAAGAUGUGGGACAUAUAUACAAUGGAAUAUUACUCAGCUGUAAAAAGGAAUGAAAUUGGGUCAUUUGUAGAGACGUGGAUGGACAUAGAGACUGUCAUACACAGUGAAGUAAGUCAGAAAGGGAAAAACAAAUAUCAUACAUUAACGCAUAUAUGUGGAAUCUAUUAAAACGGUACAGAUGAACAACUUUGCAAGGCAGAAAUAGAGACACAGAUGUAGAGAACAAACAUAUGGACACCAAGGGGGGAAAGUGGGAGGGGGUGGUGGUGGGAUGAACUGGGAGAUUGUGAUUGACAUACAUACAUUAAUAUGUAUAAAAUAGAUAACUAAUAAGAACCUGUUGUAUAAAAAACAAAAUUUUAAAAAGGGAGACAUGUACCACAAUGUUCACUGCAGCACUAUAACAAUAGCCAGGACAUGGAAGCAACCUAAGUGUCCAUUGACAGAUGAAUGGAUGAAGGAGAUGUGGUACAUAUAUACAAUGGAAUAUUACUCAGCCAUAAAAAGAAACAAAAUUGAGUUAUUGGUAGUGAGGUGGAUGGACCUAGAGUCUGUCAUACAGAGUGAAGUAAGUCAGAGAAAAAUAAGUACCAUAUGCUAACAUAUAUGUGGAAUCUAAAAGAAAAGUGGGGGGGGGGGGUUCUGAAGAACCUAGGGGCAGGACAGGAAUAAAGAUGCAGACAUAGAAAAUGGACUUGAGGACACGGGGAGGGGGAAGGGUAAGCUGAGACAAAGUGAGAGAGUGGCAUUGACAUAUAUACACUACCAAACGUAAAAUAGAUAGCUAGUGGGAAGCAGCCGCAUAGCACAGGGAGAUCAGCUCGGUGCUUUGUGACCACCUAGAGGACUGGGAUAGGGAGGGUGGGAGGGAGACACAAGAGAGAGGGGAUAUGGGGAUAUAUGUAUAAAUAUAGCUGAUUCACUUUGUUAUACAGCAGAAACUAGCACCACAUUGUAAAGCAAUUAUACUCCGGUAAAGAUGCUUAAAAAAAAAUGUCUUAAGAUUUAUAGAUUUUAAAUAAAUACUUAUUGAACACAUUAAAAAAAAAAGUAGUCCAGGAUGGUGGUAACCCUGGGGGUCUACUGGCAGAAACUUCAACCCCAGUCUUAAAGAAUCACCCCAGUCACAUCCCAGGAAAUUAGAGCCAGAAUCAAAACUCACACCCUAUCAAUGCCAGCAGCAAAGACCUGGUAUCUUUAAUCCUGGUGUCUUUGCUGUGUUUAAUCUUAAAAAGUGAACAAAGAGCAAGAGAGAGUAAUAUCUGUAGAAGAACCAAAUAGAACUAAGAGAAAUUAAAAAGCAAAUAAUCGGGUCAACCGUGGAUUU